AAUCCCCCGCAGUACCAAACAUGCCCAUCCCUGUCACGUGCCUUCCUCUGCCCCUUGGCUCACCAUCCAUCUUUCUACUUACAUUUUUACCUCUUCUUCCUCAGGAAAAGGCGUGACCUCACUCUCUCUGAUGGCUGCACCCUCUACUACUUCCAUCACUGAUCUCCCUGACGUUAUUCUCUCUAUCAUUUUCGCUUCCAUCACCGAUACACGCUCUCGUAAUUCCCUCUCUUUGGUCAGCCAGAGGUUCCAUUUGCUCGAGAGGAUCACGCGCACUUUUCUCACGCUCAGAGGCAACGCUCGUUAUCUCUACUUGAUCCCUAACGCUUUCAGAUCCGUCACCGACUUGGACCUUUCUCUUCUCUCUCCUUGGGGUCACUCGCUGCUCUCUUCCUCUUCGCCUUCUGAUCUUCUCUUGGCUCAGCGUUUAAGGCAGGCUUUUCCUUCCGUCACAUCUCUCACGCUCUACUGCCGAUCUCCCGCCACUCUCCGGAAUUUACUUCCUCAGUGGCCCAGAUUGAGCCACCUCAAAUUAGUCCGUUGGCAUCAACGCCCGCAGUCCGAUAUCGGAGCUGAUUUUUAUCCGUUGUUUGAACAAUGUAAAUCACUUACGUCUCUUGAUGUUUCCACUUUCUAUUACUGGACAGAAGAUCUCCCUCCGGUGCUGCAAGCUUUUCCAAAUAUAUCAGCGAAUAUCACGCACUUGAAUCUUCUCACGACGUCGUUUAUGGAAGGUUUUAAGUCGCAGGAGAUUCAAGAUAUCACUGCAGCUUGCCCCAAUCUCAACAAGUUUCUGGUUGCGUGUAUGUUUGAUCCGAGGUACAUUGGUUUCGUCGGUGACGAAACUUUAUCGGCUGUCGCAACUAAUUGUCCCAAACUGACGCUUCUGCACUUAGCCGACACGUCGUCCUUGACUAAUCAGAGAGGAGAUCCGGAAAGUGAUGGCUUUACUUCGGAGGACGCAAGAAUCAGUCGAGAAACUUUAAUACAGCUUUUCAAUGGCUUGCCUUUGCUUGAAGAGUCGGUUCUCGAUGUCUGCAAGAAUGUCAGAGAAAGCGGCUCCGCUCUCGAGCUGCUAAAGUCGAAGUGCCCGAAUCUCAGGGCGCUUAAGUUAGGGCAGUUUCAUGGAAUUUGCUUGGCCAUCGGUUCGCAGCUCGAUGGGGUCGCGUUGUGUGGACGUCUCGAGUCUUUGUCUAUAAAGAACUGCGGAGACUUGAAUGAUAUGGGUUUGAUAGCCAUCGGGAGAGGAUGUUGUAGAUUGGCUAAGUUUGAAGUUGAAGGGUGCAAGAAUAUUACAGUUAAAGGUUUUAGAACAAUGGCUUGUUUGCUUCAGAAGACUCUGGUUGACGUAAGGAUUUCUUGUUGUAAGAACCUUGAUGCUGUGGCAUGUUGUAGAGCUUUGGAGCCGAUCCGCGAUCGUAUUCAAAAACUGCAUAUUGAUUGUAUAUGGAAUGGAGUGGCAGAGAGCCAUAGUUCAGCUUCAGAUUUUCUCAGUUUUGACCUUAACGUAGUGAAUGAUGAGGGUAGUUCCUUUUCUGAAGAUACUGAUAGCAAGAAGAAACGAAAAUACUGUUUUGAUGGCGGGGGUAAUUCUAUGCAAAGCAAUGGAAAUGGGUCUCGGUUCAAGACAUGGGGAAGCUUGAAAAGCCUCUCGGUUUGGAUUGAAGUUGGUGACCUCUUAACGCCAUUGCCAAAUGUGGGUCUUGAUGACUGUCCAAAUUUAGAGGAAAUUAUUAUAAAGGUGGAAGGAGAUACCCGGAGACAGUACAAACCGUCGGAAUGUGCUUUUGGAUUGGGCUGUUUAGCGGUGUAUCCACGGCUGUCGAAAAUGAAACUAGAUUGUGGUGAAACAAUAGGCUUUGCUCUGACGGCGCCUUCGGGACAGAUGGAUUUGAGCUUGUGGGAGAGAUUUUUCUUGAAAGGAAUUGGGGAAUUGAGACUGAAUGAACUUGAUUAUUGGCCACCACAAGAUAGGGAUGUAAAUCACCGGAGUUUAUCACUGCCAGCCGCUGGAUUGCUGGCACAGUGCGUCACGCUGAGGAAGCUGUUCAUACACGGGACGGCUUAUGAACACUUUAUGAUGUUCCUUCCUCAUAUUCCUAAUCUGAGGGAUGUCCAACUUAGAGAAGAUUACUAUCCUGCACCAGAGACCGAUAUGAGUACGGAGAUGAGAGUGGACUCAUGCCGUCGCUUUGAAGAUGCGCUUAACAGAAAACGCAUAGAUGACUGAAUCAUAGUAACUAAUGAUAAGUGCUUGUUUAUCAUCAUACACAAAGCAUGAAUCGUUUUGAGUUGUAUAAAGUUUAUCAUUUUACAGUAGUUUUUCUUUUUUAAUAACCAGAUGUAACCAUGCGUGUAACACACAUAAUGUUAAAUUUCAACAAUUAAAGAGAGAAAUGACUCCACUUCACUCUA